AAGUGAGGAAGAACAAGAUGGGAUUUGACAAGCGGCGAACACAGAGGCGCGCCUCCACGCGCCGACCACGAUCCAAGGAUAUCAAUGAUGACUACGUGCAGACGUUGCUGACGUCGCUGCACGCACGCUACCACGAAACCACCACCACCACUACAACUACUACAACCACCACCACGACGGAGGCGCCAACUAGCAACCAGGAUGAUGCGGCGAGCGGCUUUAAUUGGAUGACAGCUAAUCCUAGCUGUGCGUCGCCAGUCAGGACCCAAGGAAGGUGCGGAAGCUGCUGGGCGUUCGCUGCCGUAGAUUCGCUGGAGAUGCGUAACUGUGGCAGUAACAGCCCGACAGUAGACCUCAGUCAGCAGCAGAUGGUCGACUGCACGUUCAGCAACUGGAACGGUUGUAACGGCGGAUACGCAGCUGCGGCACUGCAGGUUAUAGUUCGCAAUAGUCACCUCGCCUCCGCUAGCGACUACCCUUACAACAGCGGUGGUACAGGACGGGAUACGAGGUGUAGGAGGAGUGGGAAGGCUAGUACUAACGUGGAGGACAACAUUGAUGGCAUCGUCGACAGCAGCGCGUACGCGUGCGACGUAGAAGCUCUGAAACAGAUCGUGAGAGACGGGCCGAUAGUGAUCGCCGUGUGUGCUGGCAACCAACCCUUCACCUUCUACAAGUCAGGUGUGUGACGGCAGCAGGUGCAGCUUUAGCAACUUGGAUCAUUGAGAUGCACGCUAGUCGGCUAUGGAACCCGACCCUGACAGGCGUGGAUUACUGGAUGCGUCAGAACCAGUGGGGAACUAGAUGGGGAGAGAACGGAUUCGCACGGAUUACAACGGACUGUAAUAAGAACUUCGGCAUUGGCAUUGACAUCAGCUACCCGGUAAUGAAGUAAAGCGCCGACGAGUUAUUACUGAGAGGGAGACACACAGUCUGUGACGUAACUAUCGCACAUAGUAGAUGACAUCCAAGGAACGGAUACAGACUACAGAUCUACUGAUGAGUCAGGACUGAGGAGGCAGAUAUACAUGGAAGCACAGAGAUAGACAACGCAAUGGUUACAGGCUAUCUUGUGAUAAAAUGCACCGAGUAAAGGCAGUCAACGAGCGUUUGGGAGUCUAACCUCACAGCCAGGGACACGAGUGACAGAAGCACAUGUAUUAAUAGUUAUGAUAGUAAAGUGUGUAAUAUCAGUUACCUAUGUGGUAUUUAGUAUGCGCGGAUCACAUUGUUAAAAAUUGGGAAUCUCGUAAACAAACUAUAUUUUAUAGUCUACCGUUCAAUGUAGACAAUAUUGCAUUAACUACCACGAUAUUUUAUCAAAUAAUUUAGGAAUCAUAAACUAUAUAUAUAUAUAUAUAUAUACGGAGAGGAAAGAGAAUCACAUAACAAAACCAGUAUAUGGGUUUAUAAUUCGUGUAUUUAAUAUAGCAUUCGUGCACAUCUACAAUGUAGAACCGUCUAUAUGAGAUAAGUAAGAUAGCUGCAGCGACAUGCAGGCAGUCUCCUCCGUGUAAUAGAUUCACCGUUACUAAUGCUGGUUACACAGGCGCCGUGUGCUUUACCUAGCGCACAUAGCAUGCCCGCGACAAACACACUGUAUUACGCUGUGCAAGGCGCCUAGACUGCAUGCAGGAGUAAACGAAACAUCGUUUUAUGUUUCCUUUCGAAA